GUGCUUCUGUACAGAAAUCCAAACACACCCUCAGAAGAAGUCAGAGCCCCAGAGGCCGGACAACUUACAGCUUAAUGGCUUUACUUUUAGAAAAACUAACAUCCUUCCAAUCAUAUAUUUCUUAGCCAUCAGAAAAGAAAUAAGAAAUCAAAGGUUAAAAUGACUGGUUUCAAUUUUUGGAGAUAAAAAGAAGUUUUCUGGAAAAUUCUGGUAACCAGAGAGAGGGUGGAAGGUUAAACUGCUGGAAGAGGACUGUGGCUAAAUAAAGGUGCUGCGUGAGUGAGGCCUUAUUGGGGCAAACUGAACAAGGACCAACUGUGCUCUACCUGCAUCUCUGCUUCCUCGUUGAUUUACAGAAUGAGAUUUCCACAAAUUCUCAAGCAAAUGCAACUCACUCAAGUGUUCUAGAUCAAAGAAGCUCAGGAAGACGUGUUUCAAGUUUCUGACAUAAAAAAUAUAAAUUUUCAGAAAAGCCCUGGGAAUAAAGUUAAAGCUUUGACAUGAAUGAACAAGAAACUCUACCUGAAAUAAUCAAAGACUGGACCAAAGAGCAUGUUAAAAAAUGGGUAACUGAAGAUCUUAAAAUUGAUGAGAAAUAUGGACAAAUUUUGCUCAAUGAAGAAGUGUCAGGAUUAGUUCUGCAGGAACUAACUGAAAAGGAUCUUAAAGAAAUGGGGCUACCACGGGGUCCGGCACUUCUGAUAAAACGUACAUAUAACAAAUUGAUUAAUAGUUGCCCUAAAAAUGACAAUCAGGAUUCAGCACAAUCAGAUCUUACAAAACCUUCCAAAAAAGAACAACAAAAAAAGCCAAAACAAACCAAAAAGGAGGAGGAAAAAAUGUCAUCCGGUAUUGAUCAUGAUCUCAGAGAGAUCGGGGAUACCACAGAACAACAGUCCAUUCUUACGAAAGAAAGUGCAUUAAGUGAAAGAACAAACACUAAAGAUGAGAAAAAAAAUGAACUACAGACUGAACAGUUGACUUGUAUGUCAUAUCCUUUUGAUCACUUCCAUGACAGCCAUCGCUACAUAGAACAUUAUAUUCUACAGCCUGAAACAGGACCACUGAAUCUCAUUGACCCAAUUCAUGAGUUCAAAGCUCUCACCAACACGGACACAGCCACAGAAGAGGACAUCAAAAUGAAAUUCAGCAAUGAGGUCUUCCGGUUUGCAUCUGCUUGUAUGAAUUCACGCACCAAUGGUACCAUCCAUUUUGGAGUCAAGGACAAACCCCAUGGAGAAAUCACUGGUGUGAAAGUCACCAGUAAGGAUGCCUUCAUUAACCACUUCAAUCUAAUGAUCAAAAAGUAUUUUGAAGAAAGUGAGAUCAAUGAAGCCAAAAGGUGUAUUCGGGAGCCAAGGUUUGUGGAGGUCCUCCUGCAGAACAAUACAUUGUCUGACAGAUUUGUCAUUGAAGUUGACAUCAUCCCCAAAUACUCUAUAUGUAAAGAAAAGUAUUUCUAUAUUAAGAUGCAAUGCUGUACAGAUAAAAUGUGGAAACAACACCAAGAUCAUUCACUAUUCAUCAGAGAAGGAGCUAGCUCUAGGGAUAUCUUGGCCAACAGCAAGCAACGGGAUAUAGAUUUCAAAAAAUUUUUACAAAAUUUAAAGUCCCUGGUAGCAUCUAGAAAAGAAGCUGAGGAGGAACAUGGGAUGAAGGUGACUAAGAAAAAGAGUGAAGGAUUAAAACUGGUUAAACUUCUCAUCGGGAACCGAGAAUCAUUGGAUAAUUCCUAUUACAACUGGUAUAUUCUUGUAACAAAUAAAUGCCACCCAAAUCAAACCCAGCACUUAGAUUUUCUUAAGGAAAUCAAGUGGUUUGCUGUGUUGGAAUUUGAUCCUGAAUCUGUGAUCAAUGGAGUGGUCAAAGUUUACAAAGAAAGCCGAGUAGCAAACCUUCACUUUCCAAGUCAGUACGAAGAAAAGACAGCUAGUGUGAUGGAGAAGAUUUCUACUCUGAAUCUUUAUGAGCAGCCCAGCUGGAUCUUCUGCAAUGGCAGAUCAGACCUGCAAAAUGAGACCUAUAAACCUCUAGAACCACAUUUAUGGCAGAGAGAUAGAGCUUCUGAAGUCAGAAAACUGAUUUUAUUUCUCACAGAUGAAAAUAUAAUGGCAAGAGGGAAAUUUUUGGUGGUAUUUCUCUUACUCUCUUCGGUAGAAAGCCCAGGAGACCCAUUGAUGGAAACUUUCUGUGCCUUCUAUCAAGCUCUCAAAGGAAUGGAAAAUAUGUUGUGUAUCUGUGUAAACUCGAAGAUUUAUCAACGAUGGAAAGAUCUACUACAGACAAGAUUGACAAUCUCAGAUGAGUUAGCAAACCAUACUAUUUCCACUUUAAAUAUAGAACUGGUAAACAGUACUAUCCUUAAACUAAAAUCAGUGAUUCAGUCAUCAAAAAGGUUUCUGCCCUCCAGAGGAGGUGCCUCAGUUAUCCUAGAGAAAAAGGACGAGGAUACCUUGGUCGCACUGGAAAUCCUCUGUGAAAAUGAAUGUAAAGACACAGACAUAGAGAAAGAUAAGUCUAAAUUCCUAGAAUUUAAGACAUCAAAAGAAGAACACUUUUAUCGCGGUGGCAAAGUAUCCUGGUGGAACUUCUACUUUUCUUCUGAAAACUAUUCCUCACCUUUUGUGAAACGGGACAGAUAUGAAGACCUUGAACGUAUAAUAAACGAGUGUGCAGAAUGUCCUAAACCACCCUUUGUGAAAAUUAUCAACCUUUAUCACCAUCCCGGCUGUGGAGGUACUACACUGGCUAUGCAUGUUCUCUGGGACCUAAAGAAAAAGUUCAGAUGUGCUGUGUUAAAAAACAAAGCAACUGAUUUUGCAGAAAUUGGAGAACAAGUAAGCAAGUUGAUCACCUACAAGGCAAACAGCCACCAGGAUUAUAUUCCUGUGCUUCUCCUUGUGGAUGAUUUUGAAGAACAGGAGAAUAUCUACAUUCUGCAGAAUUCCAUCCAUUUCAAUUUAGGAGAGAGAGGUUUGCUCUAUGAAAAGACAUUGGUAAUUAUCUUAAACUGCAUGAGAUCCAAGAAUCCAGAAGAAAGCGCCAAAUUAGCAGAUAGUGUCUCCCUGAAAUCCCAACUUUCUCCCAAAGAACAACGAGCUUUUGAGGUCAAACUGGAGGAAAUUGAAAAGCAGCACAAUAACUGUGAAAACUUUUAUUCCUUCAUGAUCAUGAAAGGCAAUUUUGAUGAAGCAUACGUAGAAAAUGUAGUAAGGAAUAUCCUCAAAGAACAGAACAUCGACACCAAGGAAGCACAACUCGUUUCUUUCCUGGCUUUACUCAACACUUAUGUUACUGAUUCUACAAUUUCAUUGUCACAGUGUGAAAUGUUCUUGGGAAUUACAUACACUAGAACCUUCUGGAAACCUGAAAGCCUAGAAGACAAGAUGGGAACCUAUUCUACACUCUUAAUAAGCACAGAAGUUGCUGACUAUGGGAGAUACACAGGGGUGCGUAUCAUUCACCCUCUCAUUGCCAUUUACUGCCUAAAGGAACUGGAGAAAAGCUAUCACCUAAAUCAAUGUCAAAUUGCCUUGAAUAUAUUAAAUGAGAAUUUGUUCUAUGAUUCUGGGAUAGGAAAAGACAAAUUUCAGCAUGACGUGCAAACUCUCCUGCUUACAAGGCAGCGCAAGGAGUACGGAGAUGAAACAGACACGUUGUUUUCCCCAUUAAUCGAGGUUUUGCAGAAUAAAGAAAUCGAAAAGGUCUUGACUGAAGGAAGUAUUCGAUUCCCACAAAAUGCAUUCAUUUGUCAGGCCUUAGCAAGGUAUUUCUACAUUAAGGAGAAGAAUUUUAACACUGCUCUGGACUGGGCAAAUUUGGCCAAAAGACGAGCACCUAAAAAUUCCUAUAUCUCAGAUACACUUGGUCAGGUCUACAAAAAUGAGAUCAAAUGGUGGUUGGAUGAACACAAAAACUGUACAAACAUUACUAUCAAAGACCUAAGGCAUUUCCUAGAUGCUUCUGAAAAAGCCUCCAGAGCAUUCAAAGAAUCCCAACUGCAAACGGAUAGUAAAGAAUAUGAGAUUCAAACUUGGUCACCACAAAAGUCCCAAAGAAGGUAUGAUACAUAUAAUACGGCUGGGUUCUUGGGUGAAAUAGAAGUUGGUCUUUACACUAUCCAGAUUCUUCAACUCACUCCCUUUUUCCAUUGGGAAAAUGAAUUCUCCAAAAAAUUUAUGGCCCAAUUUCUAUCUGGAAAGGAGAGCAUUCCUCCUGAUCCAAAAAAUGAAUAUUAUCUGGCUCUUAGCAUGUACACAUCCCACCUACAAAAGUUACAAUCAGAUUUGAAAAAGUGCUUUGAUUUUUUUAUUGAUUACAUGGUUCUCCUGAAAACAAGAAACACCCAAAAAGAAAUGGCAGAAGUCAUAUUAAGCAAGAAAGUCAGUCGCUGUUUUAGGAAAUACAAAGAAAUUUUCUGCCAUUUGGAUUUAAGUCCUUUAGAAGGCAAAGAGUGUCAGUUACUCCAGGAGGAGAAUUGCAGGAAAAGUCUAGAAGCUUUGAGAGCUGAUAGGUUUUCUGGACUCCUGGAAUAUCUUAAUCCAAACCACAAAGAGGCCGCAGCCAUCAUGGAAAGUAUAGUCGAUGAAUACACUUUCCUGUUGCAGCAGAACCCAAAUAAACGGCUGACGAAGGAGAAACAGAAUUUCAUUUUGGCCAACAUCAUUCUCAGUUGUCUAAAACCCAAUUCCAAGUCCAUCCAACCACUUACCAAGUUAAAAAAAAAGCUCCGAGAAGUCUUGCAAUUCGUAGGACCAAGUCAUCAGUAUUCUGAUCCUUAUUUCUUGGCCUGCCUCCUGUUCUGGCCAGAAAACGAAGAACUAGAUGAAGAUUCCAAACAGAUGGAAAAGUAUGUUUCCUCUUUAACUAGAUCUUUCCGGGGGCAGUACAAGCGCAUGUGCAGGUCCAAGCAGGCAAGCACCCUUUUCUAUCUAGGGAAGAAGAAGGGUCUCAACAGUAUUGUUCACAAGGCUGAGAUAGAGAAGCACUUCAGUAAAGAACCAAAUAUAAAUGCCCUCUGGCAGAGUGGACGUGUGUGGGAAAAACAAGAAGUCAAAGAUCUCCUGCGUCAGCUGAUUGGUCAGGCUGAAGGCAAGUUAAUCUCUAUAGAAUAUGGAACCGAGGAAAAAAUAAAAAUACCAGUGACAUCUGUGUACUCAAGUCCCCUCAGAAGUGGCAGAAAUAUAGAAAGAGUGUCCUUCUACCUAGGAUUUUCCAUCGAAGGCCCUAUGGCAUAUAAUGUAAAAGUGAUUUAAAAAAUGUAUUAGUUCAAACAUGUUUACUCAUAUCUGCCUAAGAUUGUGUUCCUUCUCCCUAUUACCACGGCAUUUUCAUGACAUUGUUGGCUUAAUUCUAGUAUCAUAUUUUGCUUUGGUCUCUCUGAAUGAAUUAUAAGCCUUUCUAGAAAAUGAAAUAUGUUUACACCACAGAGCUCAACAUACAGCCUAGUCAAUUACUUAAUAUUUUAGACAUGUAUUUUCAAGCUAACACAUUUAAUUAAGAAGUUUUAAAUGGUAUCCAGUGGUCAGACCAUAAUUGUUUUAUAGGUUAAUAAAAAAUCUAUUUUAAAUUCAAUCAUUUUUCAGAAAUUUCUAAAUUAUUUCCUCACUGUGAAAGCAGGGAUUUUACUAAGAAGAAACAAUAACAACAACAAAAAACUCCUCCCAUGUGUAGUGACCCAAAACCCAGAGAACCAGCCCCGAGUUCCACUCUCCUCAUUUUGAUGUCAGUAAAAACUCAUGUGGGAGGUAAAUAUUUUGUUGUUCAUUCUCCAUUUUACUCCUUCCCAACACACACACACACACACACACACACACACACAACUGCUUGUACCCAUUGCCCUCUCCCAACUCAUAGCUUCAAGAGGGAAGCAGAGCUUAAAAAUGAUAAUAAUACCAAUAUUCACUAACUGGAAGUCCCUUAAUUCACUUGCCUCAUUUAGAGGUGAAUCUGUUCCUUUGGUCAUUCUUGUCUCUGGUGAAUGUAGCCUUGUCUCCACCUGGUUUUUAGAACCCAUAUUCCCUAUUCACUUUUUUCAUUCACUGUACUUCAUUCUCUUUACUUCUCAACGUGUGCUAGAUGCACACUGUUCUCUUUGAGAUUCCCUAUGAAAAUGUUAUUUUCAUGCAACAUUCUCCAGAUGAUUAUUCUGAUUUGGCCUUCACAACUGGGUUCAAGACUCACUUCCACCAGGAAGUCUUUCUUGACCAGCAAAACAUGCUCCUCACUUCCCAGCCAGCAAUGACAUCCCAGAAGCUCAUUCUCAGACCUGCAGCAGCCACAACAGUCUCACACUGCCUGCUGCAGCCAACAGACAUUGAAAUAACAAACACAUUCAGUUAUCCAUAUCUUUAUAUCUCCUUAAUUGUAACUUGAUAGUACAGUCUUCAAGACCAGUUCUUCUUGUCAUCAAGGAGUCUAUGUCCUAUCAGGGUUCUUGUCACCAGUAUUUCUAUGAAUCUGGGGAAUGAAUGUUCACAUGGUCCACAAACACAUCCCUGUUUCUGGAAACCAAAUCUGCUGCUAAGCCUGUACCAAAAAGCUCCUUCCCUCAUCUACAGUCAGCCCCAAGUGUUCAUAGACCUAUGGUCACAGGCCUAUCCCUUAAUUCUUCACAACUCAGAAAAGACCAGGCCACAGUAUUUAAUAAGACACAGCUGAAGGCUCAACGCACAGAGGGAAAGUUACAAUUAUAAUAAAAUGAGAAAACAAUGUUCAUGUGAGUCAUAACCGUCAGAGUUCAUAUGCUUGGCCCUCCACCAGGUUUCUCAGGGCCUCUCUCUCCUGAGCCGUUUCAACAGCAUGUGGUAGAGCGGUCCUUGCUCAAUUCUCACAGAUGAGACAAGGCCUGAACAUGUAUCCAUGACUCAAAGUUUAGGCUGCAAAUCCUCUAGGUUCCCAGAAACAAUUACGUUUUUCCAGAAAAGAAAUAUCAUAUGCAGAGAUUUCACCUUAACCCAAUAAGAAGGUUUUACAUAUUAUGCAGAGACAUUCAACUUCCCAUUUCAGAGCAGUCUUUCCUUUAUUCUUAUUAAAGAAUCAAAGAGCUCAUUAAAAUGCUUUACUCUGAAGAAGAGAAGUUCAUUGGAUUAGAAAAGGAGAAUGAAGGAAAGGAUGGGGGGGGGGACAGAAACAGAAAAGAUAAGAGAAUGAAUUGGACAUGACUUCCCUAUGUUCUUGUAUGAAUACAUCAAAUACAACCACAAGAAUGGAAAGUUAUAUUCCAUGUAUGUAUAAUAUGUCAAAAUACACUCUAUUGUCACAUGUCUCUAAAAAGAAUAAAUUAAAAGAAAAUUCUAAAAAAAAAAAAUGUUUGACCCCAAACAGAGUCUUCCUUCAGAGGUAAAUUUAUGUUCUAUCUACAGAAAAACUUACACAGUUGUCUCAAAUUCCAUUUCAUCCUAUCAGACCAUCUGUUCCAACAAUCCUGGAGUCUCACCUCUGCUCAGGAAAGUCCAUUAAAAAUAAAUAAAUACAGUAAUUUUCAUCUAA